ACCAUGGGUUCCGCGUCAAAUAUCAGGCUUCCGGUCAUAAAUUUAACGGAGGAAAUCCUACGAUCUGGAAAAGAUUCUUGGACUGAAGCGCGAAACACAGUCACACGGGCAUUUGAAGAGUAUGGCUGUUUCAUAGCUGUUCAUGAUAAGUAUCCUUCAGAGGUUAGUGAUUCCAUAUUCUCUGAGCUGCAAGAUUUGUUUAACCUCCCGUUGGAGAUUAAAGUCCAAAACACUUCUCAAACUCCCCUCUUUGGUUAUUAUGGGCCUAAUCCCUACCUGCCCCUCUACGAAAGCACGAGCAUUGAAGAUGCAAUAAAUCUCGAAGCAGUCCAGAAGUUCACAAAUCAGAUGUGGCCCUCCAAAAAUAACCAUUUCUGUGAACUGUUGCACUGCUAUGCAAAUCAAGUAGCAGAAUUAGAUAAAAUGGUGAGCAAAUUGGUGUUUGAAAGUUAUGAUGUGGAGAAGUACCACGAAUCUCAUGUGGGAUCAGUGACUUACAUUGUUAGAUUCACAAAGUACAGAGUACCCGAACAGAAUGAGACGAAACUCGGUGCUACUCCUCAUACUGACAAGAACUUCAUAACCAUACUUCAACAGAAUGAAGUUGAUGGUUUAGAAGUUCAGUUGAAGAAUGGAAGCUGGAUUCCUGUUGACUUUCCUCCUUCCUCCGUAGUAAUCAUGGCUGGAGAUGCAUUCUCGGCGUGGAGCAACGGCAGAGUGCAUCCCCCAUUUCAUAGAGUAACUAUGAAGGGAAAAGGAAGAGGAAGGUAUUCGAUUGCACAAUUUUCCUAUUGCAAGAAAUUGGUAGAGGCACCAACAGAGCUGGUUGACGAUGAACACCCCUUAUUAUAUAAGCCAUUCGACAAUCUUGGUUUUCUCGGAUUCAUAAGCACAGAUGAGGGUCGGAAAACCCAAAAUCCACUGAAGGCCUAUUGUGGCAUCUAAAACACGAUUUUUAAUGAUCGUAAGACUGCAUUCCUUUUGUGCAAUAAUGAGCUGUCAUUUCUCAUCCAUUCGAAACCGUUGUGUAGACAUGUUUGUCGAGAUGAAUGAAAAGCUUUUGUCUUCUGUUCCGUCGAUGUAUAUACUUCUCCCCUUUUGUGCCCACUUUUUCUAGAAGAUGUUAUGGAGUAGCUUUCUAGAAGAUGUUAUGGAUUAUUCUAUGAAAUAAUUUAUUGUA